UCCACAUUUUGUUGUUAGUUGCAAGAUUUCCUGCAGCAGAACAUGGAAGUAGCUUUCAUUUGGCUGAACAGUAUUUAAAAAUAUUGGAAAUAGCACUGGCUGAAAAAGGAACACAGCAAAAAAAAAAAAAAAAAAGGCUUGAAGAAGCUUUUAAUUAAAGGUUAUUUUAUACUCCUAGUCUCAGUUUUUAUUCUUUCCAGCUCAACAGUAUGUUAGAAAGCAAUUAGUUAUAGGGGCUCAAGAGACUGAUUUACUAUCUGCUUAUCUGUCAGUAGCACUCUUGGAAAACAGAAUAAGACCAGAUUUGGUGUAAGGGGAGACACGGGCCAAAGAAAGAUCAAGCUUGAAAAUGGACUAAAUCAAACUAAAGGUGGCAAAGGAACAACAAAUCCAGAAGAAGAAAAAAGUAUCACCCAACAAAUCAUAUGAGAGAGGGGGCUGAUAUCAGUUUACCGAGGUAAUCCACCUGGAUAGACUAUUUCUACUUUAUUGUAAGGUUAUAUUAACAGGGUCUUGCAACUCUGGAAGUACUUUUCUCUCCCACCAUGCCUUUACAGACAAAGAAAAUAUGGAGAUUCACUUCUGAGAUGUUUGCCACAUCCACAUUUGUUGUGUGAGCUAAGCUGCCUCUUCUCCAACCGUUCCCUUGGUUACGGCUCUUCUCCCUAAGGUCCUUCCCCCAUUACAAGAAUGUUGAUCCUGCCUUUCCACCGAGGAACAACAACGAAGAUAUGGAGAAAAAGCAAAAAGAAAAGAAAAACCUGGCCAGAAGAUCUGAUGAAGAAAAUAUGGUGGAUCUGUAUUUGUGCCACGGUCAUUGUAGCUUUACUCCCUGUUAGCUGGGAAAUGAUCCUGAAGGAUUCAACGGACGAGUCUAGGUGGCAGCAGUCUUACAACAUGAAAAGUGCCCACAGCUUUACUUCUGACAUCAAACGCCAUUCUGAAGGGACUUUUACCAGCGAUUUUACUGAACAUUUGGACAACAUGAAGGCCAGAGAUUUUGUGCAUUGGCUCAUCAAUGCCAAACGUUACAGUUCUACAAAGCGGUUCAUUAAAGAAAAACCCAUCUUCUUAGGCUAUCCACCUGGCUCUUUCUGGUUGAGGUACAAUUAAAAGGAUAAUAUAGGAAUUGGACAUUCCCAUCUGCACAUCCAGCAAUGAGAACUUUUGCUGAUAUUCUGAUGCUCGUUUUCUGUUGUUUCCAACUCAGUGAAUUACAGAUACUUCUU